AUGAGUAAUCACUCUUGGCAAUCUUUUACCGUAACCUUCUUUGCUGCCUCUACGAAACCAAGCACCAGUCUAUCUUUGUCGCUCGUUUAUCCUUUGAGAACGUCAAUCCUGGUCUGGGCCCAAUUUUUCUCUCAACAAUUUAACUCGUGGUAUUCAGAACAAAUUCACAAACACUGUGGUAAUUCUUCUGAAUUCAAUGUCUUGGCGAUUCACCAUUCCAUUUGUCGGCUUGACACUUUAUAUUCUGAAACUUUUGAUAUGCAUAACCGAAACGUUGUAGAUCGUCAAUUUGUCACAUCCGUUAAAGCAGGAUUACAAAGAAUUUGA